UUUUGUACUUUGAGUUGGAAAAAUGUUAAAAGCCGAUAUAAGUGGGAGCAUACGACUAGCCCUUUAACCAGUCUCGCACAUAAGAUGAUUUUGAAAACACUCUGCAAAUCUAAUAUCAAUUGACCUUUUUUGUAAUAUAUUACUCGUCCCAGUACUUUGGGGUUCAUUUACAUUUUUUUUAAAUUUCUCCAACUUUUACGAACAUAUCAUCGUUUUUUUUUUACCGCAAAACAUUUGUUUGUGUUGUUCCUCAAGAGUCUUGAGCAUAAUUUGUCUAUCAAUGGUUCAACUUAAAAGUUAUGUCAGAUACUUUCCAGGUACCAACAUUAAUUUCGAUUCCCGCCGGAAAUAUUGCAAAACUGUGUACCUAUCUUUCACUUAAUCUAUAGUAAAAUAUACGAAUAAUUAUAGUGUCAAAAAACGAUUUUCUGUGCCUGGUGAAGAGUAGAAAGUCAGCCUAAACAAAUUACCACAAUAUGACCACGUGUUUUAGGAACGGCCCCUUUGGCAGGAACCGCAUGCCUACUCACGAUAGUUUGUUUCUUCUAUUUCCUGCCCGUGAUCACAUGCAAAGUGAGUGUAACUAGAAAUGGGGGGAUAAAACGAACGAACGUUUUUUAGGUCAUCAACGGAGUGCGCCCAUUUACUCCAAACCUAACCUAGAAACACGUGUACAUUGUUAUCCUAGCCGUUAUCGUUGCGAAACGCAUUAGCGCAUUCUUUCCGGUAGUUUGAUGUGCUCGGUAUAUGUACAUAUCAAAGCAAUCGAUGCUUCAAAGCAAAUAAUUUUCCUCCCGUAAUCGAAAUCUGUCACACGUUGCAAAAAUCUUUCCCCUGGUUUUGUGUAGGGUGCUUUCGAAAUUACUUGUUUCGGAAUUUUCUCCCCCAACCUGGCAAUUCUGCUACUAGAACUUCGAUAGCUCAUUCUAUUUCCUAACUGCACCCAAGUUACCUAUUUGAAAUGGAAAACUGCGAAGUCGGCUACGAAUUGCCAUCCCAAGACUGCUGUUUGGAAACUACGCCAGAACAGUGCUGCGAGGAUCUUGUACAGUCCACCUGCGAGGGGGUGACUGGUGACAAUGGCGUUCCGUGUGACGUUAUCGCGUCACCCGCAGCCGAUUGCAUUCCCUGUGUAGGCAGCGUUUCGGAACCAGCCAUGACGGAGUGCUGUGGCGGUAACCAUGACCUGCCGAGGCAACGGUCACAGGGUAAUGUUCCGCAACAGCAGUGCUACGGCUGUAGCUGUGGCAGGCCCGACUGUGCACCAACGAAAAAAGUGCGCUACGUUCAACCAUCGAGAAGGCAGCCUUGCAAACCGGUCCCAUGCUACAAACCACCGGAAGUGGAAUUUCAAGGUGAUUCCGUAUAUAAGACGUCGUACAACGCGGACCCGGCUACAAUUGUUGGCAAUGCGCGCCCUCUACCAAUACCGCCAAGAAACAAUCUCUCCAUGGCACCGGGUUGCCUGGAGAAGAAUACCACCACCUCGCUGUCAUAUCCUUGCUAUAACAACGUAGAACGUCAGAAGCCGAUCCUGCCCAUCGGGAACCAGUUGCUCGGGUCGGGACCCAUUCAAGAAAUUACCACAUCACGCCACGACUACGUACCGAAGAGCACGCCGAAACGAUUCAAAAUUGUACCCGAAGGUCAUAUCCGUAGUGUGAGCGCCCCAUUCGAAAAACAAACCGUCAACAAGCUCUCGUACAACUGUCCAAAUAUGGCACACUUUACCCCGGCGAGAUCGUGCAAACCAAUUAGACACUAUUCUAGAUCUGAAAUUCCAAUGGAGUCAGAAACCACAAGCAAACUCAGCUAUCCGCCGUUGUGUCCAGCUCCCAAGGAAGAUCUCCCGUGGGCACGUCGUGCUGCAUACCAGGCCCCAGAGAUAGCGAUGGCAAACGACACAACCUAUAAGAAAAGCUUCAUUCCCAGCUGUGCUACGGAGCGGGCAAAGAUGAUCACUCCCUUCAAUAACCUACAUGUACCUGCUGAUUCAGGUUUUGAAUCAAAGACAGUCUACAAGGAAAGUUAUCACAGUGCCUGUGGUGAGCGUCCGCCUGCCAUCAGACCCGUGGAACAGCUACGAAUUCCGACUCAAAAGCUCCAAGAUGACACCGUUUACAAGCUCUCCUUUCCCAUGUACUGCAAUACGGAACGGCCUGCGCCGAUUGUUCCGAAACCCGCACCGCUCAUAGGCGAUGGACCCAUACAGGAGAUAACAACAACUCGACACGAUUAUGUUUGCAAAAGUGGAACCAAACGUGAUCCCAUAAUGCCGCAAAACUUGCUCUAUAUUCCAACUGGCAAGCUAGAAAGUGAAACUGUGAACCGAUUAUCCUACCCAUCUAACAAAGAGAACAUGAUUCCAACAAAAUCAUGCAAACCGAUCAUCUCAUAUAAGCGACCCGAGCAACCAAUGGAAAGCGAGACAACACAGAAGACGAGUUACAUGCCAGUGUGUCCACCGCCAAAGGAACACUAUCCAUGGGCUCAACGAGCACGGUAUCAGCCGCCACCACUGCCAAUGGAAUCGGAAACGACCGCCAAACUUAGUUAUCCUCCGCCCGGAUAUUAUCUGGAGGAAAGUUGCGAUGCUAAUGCACCGGCCGGUCCGUGCUGUCAGUCAUGUGAACCCGCCAUGACCAACUGCUGUGCAAACCUGAUGCCGGACAGCGGCUGCUUCCCCAGGGCGGCCAUUGUAAGCUGAGAAGCAUGCUUGUAGGAAAGAAAAGCACAAUACUCCCCAAUACGUAGUACUAGAAUGAAAAGCAGAAAAUCCAAAUUUUGUAUUAUAGAAGGAUGAUUUCUUCGAGUAGACUACUUGUAUUUAUUGAAAAUUUACCCUUGAAGUACGUAUAUUUAAUGUUAUCGGAUAACAAAAUCAUGAACAAGAUGCCUUGCUAUGUGUUCCCAAA